AUGUUCCUGAGUGGGUUCGUCCUCAUGCACCUGACACUCUGGGAUCGGUGUGGAUACGUUGGAGAUCCCGACGAAGCUCUGAGAUGGAAUAUGAACCUCAUAUAUCCCAGUCUCUGCAACAAUUUCAGCGACGCGUCAUUCGAAAAGCUCAUGCACGACACGCCGCAGCUGCAUGGCCUGACACUGGCAUCAAGACCCAACCCGAAGUAUCUGCACAUGGUCUCCUGGAACACGCUGCGAACUGCAUUGUCCGCUCCCUCCAUGCGAGAGUUCAAUCUGCGCCACCAUCUUGUCGAGUCCCCCCACGCGUGUUUCGAAGAUCCUACCUUCACUCCUGCACCUCUCACCGCGUUUCGGUGCACCAUCCGAGACGUACGCCCAGGCCCUCGCGCGUAUCCGGCGGAAGCCGAACUUCUCGGGUUCGUCCUCGACAAGCUACGUAGCUCGCUCGAAAUCCUUUCACUUUCGAGCGAUAUAGCGCCUUACCACACGCUAAGAAGGGAGGAGUGGCCUCGUCUACAGUCGUUGAGCCUCUACGGUGAUGCGCCUGCCCCCACGCGCUCUACUCUUCUGCUCAGAGCUCUAGAGCAGAUGCCUCAACUCCGCUCCCUGCGGUUCACACUCGCACUCCUCGAAGGUUGCGGAGAUCGCGUGCUCAUAUGGCCUCCGGACGUGGAUCCGCCACGCACUCGAACGCUACCGCUUCUGGAGGAACUUGCGGUUACCUAUCCGAAUCUUCAAGAUCGGCUCUACUCGCACCUGCCGUCGUCUCUACGGAGCCUCUCUUUGGAGGAUUUCGCUCCUUACACCAGCCACGCUUUGGGCGCCGGACGACAAUCGUAUGAUGAUGCGGGACGAUCGAAUUCAACCUUGCCAUCGUCCGAGAUCUUGGCGAUUCUACGCCACUGUCCUACAUCCUCUACGCGCUCCUUUAGUGUUGACUAUCACGUCGACGGUGCAGAGGGCGCACUACUAGCGUACAUCGCCACUGCGUUUCCAAACCUCGAGACUCUCCAACUGCGUCGGUAUCGCGCUCAAGAUGCGGAAGAAUCGCAGGAGGACUGCGCCAUGAGCGUCGCACGAGCAUUGGCACCGCUCACGCGGCUCAAGACGCUGCGGAUCCAUCUUGACGUUGUGCCUUCUCCGACACUCAUAACGGGGUGCUUCGGUGGCCUGCUUUUCGACCCCAUGUCGAUGGAUGCGUACCGGGGAAACCUUCGCGCGCUCAUGGAUAUAAUGGUGCCGAUGUUGUCCCCCGCUUUGCGGACAGUCAGGAUGUUGGUACCGUCACCAGAUCUGAAAAGUGCUCCGCACUGGGCCACGAUUCGCGUCCUCCGAACCGACAGCAAGGAUUGGGACAAGGUCGAUUAUGGCGAUUCAAGCGGACAUGGCUUCGAGCUAAUGCCUCAUUACCAAUGGGAGAACGAAGGGCAUUGGGAGGACGACCCCGAGAGCGACCACUGGUGGCGGUAUAGCUGA